AUGGACGCCCGCCUGGCGCUGGUGCUGGCACUGCUGGCGGCCGGCGCUGCCCGCAGCCUCGAGGGUGCCAGGGAGGGGCCCGGUGAUGAGCUCCAGGGCUACGCUGACAGGCUGGGCCAGUUGCUGGACAGCGAGGAGCUGGGGCCGCGGGCACCCCCCGAGGAGCCAGCGCUGGGCUCCCUGCUGCGCUCACUGCUGCGUGGCCUGCAGAGACCUGCGCGCAGCCCAGCCUUCCUCUUCCAGCCCCAGAGGUUCGGCCGGGAGACACGGGGCAGCGCAGGGCCGGGGGCAGAGGCCCGGCUCAGUGCACGGGGCUGGGACUUGCCGGCCCCCCAGUUCUGGAGCAUGGCCGCGCCCCAGCGCUUCGGCAGGAGGAAGUGA